UUCAGUACCGUAGCACGCCAGCGCACGCCUCCGAUGAAAGUACUGGAACACUUACGACUUUCUAUCAACUUUGGUGAAUGUUUCCAAUCGAACCCUACACGAGUUAGAAGUUUAUUAUAGAAAGAUUACAGUAUUUUUUGAUGUUCACGGUGUAAUUGGUAAUAUCAAAUUCGAUAUUGACAGCGGCGUUUUAGAAACUAAAGUGUUGUGAUCGUGAUCAGAUUGAGGUGUGAUAAAACUUUUCGUGAAAUCCCAUAUAAAGUUAGACACAAUGGAUUUAAGAAAACACAUCUUCGGCAGAAGGUUGCGAUCGCGUGUCACAUCAUGGGUCAAGAGCAGUCGUACAUCGGUCACGCCGGUGUUGCACCAGUGAAAAAAUACCAAGACAAAUACGAAGAUCCAAUACAGUAUAGAGUUUCUCCUAUCGACUACCGAACGAGCGACUACGAAAUCAAAGAUUAUAAACGCCACAAAGCUAGACGAAGUGCAGACAGCUUCAAAAGUGACAACUCUUCAACUGAAAGCAGUGGAUAUCGAAGCGGUUCGAGCGGCUACGAAUGCCAAUCUGAGAGAUCUUCUACUAGCGAUUAUUACUGCACAUCUCUCUACAAGAACGGCCACUACAAAGCUAUCAAUAAGGAACUUUACAAACCUGUCAAAAUACCUAAAGAGAAGCGUCACAAACAUUUGUACGACGAAAAAGAGGAAAUAAAGAGCGCUAGGCUAAAGAGCUACCUCAGUGACACAGAGAAAGCAAAUUUAAAGGCCGGUCCGACGCCAAAAAAAGCUGGCAUUAGAAAUUACACCCCAAAAAUAAUAUCAGCGGAGGAGCAAAGAAAAAAGUUAGAGAAUUGGAUAUAA